CUCCGGAGCCCGGAAGUGGAUGUGGCCGCUUGGCAAAGAGGGGGAGGGGAAGGGAGAAGUGCUUCCGGGGAAACGGGCCCCGGGUUGGUGUUUGUAAACUUGCCUCGGUCCCGGCGCGGGCAGCGGCGGCCGCGGGCUUGGCACGGGGUGCCUGGGGCCCGGAGGGGGCGCCGCGCGGCGGAGGAGACGGCGGGAGGCCGCGCCGGGCAGGUUUCUGGAACAGACCUAGAGCUUCACCAAGAGAAUUCAACUUGGAAACCAAGACUGGAAGACUCUCGUUUCUUCCGACAAGAGGCAGAAGUCAGAGAGAGACUGCGGAUUCUUGGGACACCUGUUUUCCUUUUGGAGGACACUGAGUUCUUUGAGAAGACAGUUCAAUAUGGCAAACGGACUGAAAGAACAGGGGGGAGCCAUUACUGUGAUUUGGUGACGGUUCUUCAAACAACAGUGUCUUAAGGAAAGCUGGACAGAGAACUUCUGAACUUUGUUGGUUCCUUAAGUGAGAAGUCAGCAUGGCUCAGGUAAAAAGCUCUCGCGUCCUCCUUCAAGACCGUUCACUGGGAAGCCUCUUUGCAGUGUCACCCUUGAAUUCUGCCUUAGUCAACAGUAUUGACCAUCCCCAGUGAGCCGAGCUCUGUAUUAAGCGCCAGGGGGAGAUCUAGAGGAAGGAAAGGAGACAGGCCACAGCCCCUGCCUUCAGGGAGCUUCCAGUCAAAUGAAGGAGGAAUUUUAUUGAGCUCCUGUUACAUGCACGGCAUUGUGUUUGGAAUACAAAGAUGAAUAAGAUUGCCCUUGUCCCCAGCAAGUCUUCUGGCUUGUGAAGGCCUAGCAGGUGUGAGUUUGGUUCCCACUGCAGCCAGCAAGAAGAUGAUGCUGAGCCAGAUUGCCAGCAAGCAGGCCGAAAACGGCGAGCGGGCAGGUAGCCCUGAUGUGCUGAGGUGCUCGACUCAGAUGGACUGUAAGCCUAGAUUUGAUUUGUCUUCAAAGGGCCACCGAAAAGACGGUGAUAAAUCCCGCAACCGCAAAGAGGAUGACAGCUUGGCUGAGGCCUCUCAUUCAAAAAAGACUGUUAAAAAGGUGGUGGUAGUGGAACAAAAUGGCUCUUUUCAAGUAAAGAUUCCCAAAAAUUUUAUUUGUGAACACUGCUUUGGAGCCUUUCGGAGCAGUUACCACCUCAAGAGGCACGUCCUUAUCCACACUGGUGAGUCUGCUGUGUUCAGCACGUCCUUAUCCACACUGGUGAGAAACCAUUUGAGUGUGACGUCUGUGAUAUGCGUUUCAUCCAGAAGUACCAUCUCGAACGCCACAAGCGGGUACACAGUGGUGAAAAGCCUUACCAGUGUGAACGGUGUCAUCAGUGUUUUUCUCGGACAGACCGAUUACUCAGACACAAACGGAUGUGCCAAGGAUGCCAGUCCAAGACUUCUGAUGGGCAGUUUUCUCUAUAGGCACGAGGGGCCCUAGGUGGUGGGAGUGCUGAGGAGAGUCUCUGGAAGAGCAUAGCCCUGUGCUCCGAGGGUCCCACCACCGCUCCCUCUGAACCUGUCCCCCUUCCUAGAGGACUGGCCCCAGGUUAGCAGAAGAGCGUCUGAGGACAUCAGCUCCAGAUCCCCAACUCUGUAACCAGUCUGAGACUAUGAGUAUCCCAGGGACACCUGCAGCACUCCUGGGCAAGGGAGCUGGUCCCUGAACCUCAGCUGAGGUGAGGUGGGGACUCAAAGGUGCAGGACCAAGACUGAAAUGUUCCCACAACCUUGGACUGGAACUGGCAGCUAAAAUGCAAAGGACCGGGGAGGGGUUUUUGUUUGUUCUGCUCUUGUUUUUGUUUAUCCAAAAGCAAUUUAAACAGGUAAACCGGGGAUAUAGGUAAUGUGGAGGGUUAAGUCCUGAAGCCCAGCAAGGACUGUGGCUGGCCUGACCACUUCUGUCACCAUAGUCCCUCUGUGUUCCACAGCCCUUACUUCCUCCUUGAAAGCAAAUAGGACCGGGGCUGGCAGCUGAGCUUCCCUGGACUUCUUAUACACUGUGAAGACAAAAGGAGAAACUGGGAAGAACAGACGUGGGCUGGACAAGAAGAGUAGGCAUACCUUUUCUUAUCUCCUCAAGAAGAGCGGUGUGGUGUCACGGGUGUUCCCAUGGUUUGUGCAUCACUGGGGCCUGAUGGGAUCAGCUCAAGUGCCUUGUGGAGGACUUGGGUGGGGUAGCCCAUCCGGCUCUUUUUUCUGGGAAGUUGGUCUUGGUUGUGGUUUGUGGCUACCUCGCUUGUCCUUGACUCCAGAACCCAGGCACAGUUGAGCAGGGGUUGUGGGUGUCAGAGUGGGCUGUCCUUUUGUGUCCUCUUAGAACAAGGAUAGUCCAAAGUUUUGCUAACUAUGAGAAAAACAAAAAUUGUGACAGUCCUUAUGUGACUUGUAAUGGAGCCCUCUUCCUGCCACAAUCCUCUGCCUGUUCAAGUAGAGGAGCUGGAGGUCUGGUCUGGUCUUCGUCUCAGAGAACCCACCUUGGCUCCCUUCUGAUAGCAUCCCUGCGGAGUGGUGGGGGGGUGCUUCAAAGGAAGGCCUGCAGGAAGACACCGAUGUCUGCUUUAUUCUUGACCUUACUCUGUUACAGCACCCUUCUGUCUGUCUGCCCCUGGAAAGGUGAUUGGAUUAGUGUGUGUCUGAUUUGUGAGUGCUUGUGUCCCUUUGCUUGGAAGGGAUGAAAAUUGUUGACUGAAGUUUAUUUGGCCACCAACUUGGAGGACAGCAAGUGUAGAGCAGCCUUCCCACCCAGACCUAAAGGACGUCUGCCUCCCAGAGGUUGCUGAGAACAAGGGAACAGAGGGGCUUGUUCCAGAAGAGUGUUGAGGGGUUUCUCAUUGUUGUUAGGUUGAUUUAACAGUGUCCUGAUCAGAGUGUUUCUAAGCCAGGGCUUCUGAGCACGUAUUUUCUAAAGUGAGAUAACUCUCCCUGCUAAAGAAAGGAUUCUUAAGGGAGACCUUGGGGUUUCAUUGAGCACUAUAUGGACCCCUGAGGCCUACUUCAGGUGUAAUCAUUGGCUUAUACCUUCUGAGCACACAACCGCAGCUGUGGGUAGGAAUCUGAGCUGGCGGCCUCCAGGAAGAAGUUUUGACUUGCAAAUGAGAGCCAGGCAGCAACCUACCUUAAGGCCUCUUCCAGUGUAGUGGGAGGUGGUCCACCACAACUAAGGGGAAAAGGGAAAGCCUUCAGCUUUCCUCUGAUAGCACCUGAGAGGAGGUCUGAGGAGGACACUGCCAUGUGUUCUGGCUUCCUGCUGUCCCUCUAACGUGCUGUACAGCCUGCACCUCCGACCUUCGUCCACCUGUGGCCCCUGGGCAUCCGGGCAUCCAUGUUCGUGUUGCACCGACCCUUUGCUGUUAGUGGGUUCUGUUGGGCUGGGAUUUUUCUGUCACUCAACUCUGGGAAAGAGGAUCCGUUUAGAAAGAUCCUCCUAGAAAUGCUUUUGAAAGUGGGAUCCCUCCCUGCCACUCAAAGAUGAUCUGUUUGUGCUGAAAGUUGAGAGUGACCCAUGCCUCUGCACGAAUGAAUGUGUAUCCUGGGUCACAGCAGGCCCUGCAGACACUGGCCUCCUGCCUAGGUGGGAGCUGAGAGAAGGGAGAGAGAACUGGAUGCAUACAGACAGCCCGCCCAGAACCACACUGCCAGGGCCAGGUGUGAGAGGCUCAGAAGCUGGCAGUGGGUAAGGACAGACAGGCUCUGGGGUGGAGAGUGAUACAACCACCAAGGACAUCUCUGCUCUGGGGGUGUGCACAGACAGCUGCAAAGGCUCCUGGGCCUGAUGCCCUCCUCUGCUGGGGUGGGUUGUUAGCACUGGACAGAUGUCUCAGGUGUGUGUAGAAGGGGAAAUGAGAAGGUGGGUGCUCAGACAUCAGAAUGUGGAUGUGGGGUUGGUGGGGAGAGUAAUACUGGUCCUUGGGUGAACUCCUGCACCAGUCCGUCCCAUCCUGCCCUGGCUGGUGCCCGCCCUUUCCAUCCGUCCCCGACAGCCUCUUGUCAAUUAGCUACUGAUUGUACUUCAUGGCUUGACAUAGAGGGUGAGAGGAGUGGGGUGCCCACACUCUGAGCCCUCCCCAGGUUCCUUCUGCCCCUGCUGUAGCCCUGGGCUUUUAUCUUCAGUUCCCCUCCUACCGAGCUCCAUUUUUUUUAAAAUAUACUUAUUUUGCUAAGGGGGAGGGGACUAUCAAAUGGACAAGAUUACUUUUAAUGUAGUUUUUAUAAGAUGUUAUAAACUUGUAUCUUUUUACCAUUAAAGUGCAGUGUAUGUUCCUUCGUGACAUAUUUAGGAUAUUUAAAUAAAAAGGAUGGCGCUUUUCUACAUUCCA